GACGCCUGAGGCAAGUACCCGCAGAAUAUGGAAUAUGACUAUCAUACCAAUUGGUCUUUCCCCGCCCUCCUCCAUCCUGCCGCUCUCGUACCCUCCCUCCCCCCUCCGGGAUCGUGGUUCGUAAUCUAGAACAUCAACCUUCGCACAUUUUCGAUACCGGUAUGGACAUGAUGCCGGCAGUCCUGUUCUGCGCAACACAUUCUUUUAUCAUACCUGUCAAAAGGUCUUUACGGUGGAGCUCUCAGGUUCUGGAGCCUAACUGGGGUUACACAGAGGAUCUCUUCGGGACUUACGAUGAAGACGUAUCUGAGCAUAGGUUAUGUUUUUGCCCCAACUGAUGCUCUAGCAUCACUGGUGCAGUACGUAAGUCCUCUUGUUCAGCCUUCUGUUGACAAUACUGGUAUCAUGACACUGCUCAGUAAGGACAUGAUCGUCUAUGACAUGUCCAUAGUUCCCGGAGGCUCUGGUCUAACCAAGUUGACAGAAGGCAUUACCCCACCGGCGUCACACGAUGGAGCUCGACUCUACGUGCGGUAAUACCCCGCACUGGGUGAACAAUAAUCAAAUACCGUAGCCUCUACGGGAAACAAGUGCAGAUGUAGAACCGACGUACUUGCGUCCUAUGCGAGCAAUCAAGCGAGUGUUCAUUUAAAUUACCGCCACAAGUCUACCCAUCCACCCAAUAGGCGCAACUUUAGGUGUUUAUCUUCCCAGCGACAUCCCCACUCGGCCCCGAGCAAAAGUAUCUCCACUUUAAUCGACCUUCCGCUUCGCUACGAGUACCAUCCCAGUCAGUGCUACUUGGAGGCCGAGAAGGUGGGUGGAGAUAGGCGAGGGGGGGCGGUGCCUAAGGGGUUAAGAAUCGUGAACCUCCCGGCGUUC